CAGGGUAGCGCUGGUCGGAUGUGAUUGUCGAGCUUCACUGUAACGAAGCAUCCGUGAUGGCAGAGAGAAAUCACGCCUCCGACUUGGUCUAAUAUGCUCCCUGUGGAGGAAAGCAGAGCGCCACCGGACCUUUCACACCAUGACCACCGGCUUCAGCUCUGCCUCUUGCCGGUUCGCAGAUUAUUUUGUGAUCUGCGGGCUCGACACCGAAAGCGGGCUGGAACCCGACGAACUGUCCGCUUUAUGCCAGUAUAUAGAAGCUACUAAAUUCAGAGAUGGGGCCAGAGGAAAAUUGGCGAGUGCAAACGAAGGUGAGAAUUUUGAGCAGAGUCCACUUCGGAGAACCUUUAAAUCCAAGGUUCUAGCUCACUAUCCAGACAAUGUGGAGUGGAAUCCAUUUGACCAAGAUGCAGUUGGCAUGCUUUGUAUGCCAAAGGGAUUAUCCUUCCGAACACAGGUGGAUUCUCGGGAGCCCCAGUUCCACUCGUUCAUCAUCACCAGAGAGGACGGCUCUCGGACCUACGGGUUUGCUCUCACAUUCUUUGAAGAGGUGACAAGUAAGCAGAUCUGCAGUGCCAUGCAGACUCUCUACCAUAUGCACAAUGCAGAGCAGUACGACAUCCUGCACACCCCCACCUCGCCUCACAGACCGGAGGAGCUGCGGCAGAAACACCUGCAUACUCGUCCAGUGCUCCAUGCUGCUCCUGCAAUCUCCCGUCUGCAGCGCUUCAACUCUUACGACAUCAGUCGUGACACUCUUUACGUCUCCAAAUGCAUCUGCCUCAUAACCCCGAUGGCCUUUGCUCAGGCCUGCAGGAAGGUGCUGCAGCAACUCCACCAGGCUGUCAGCUCACCCCAGCCUCCACCGCUUCCCCUUGAGAGCUACAUAUUUAACAUCCUCUAUGAGGUUCCCUUGCCUCCAUCUGGACGCUCCCUUAAGUUCUCAGGCGUCUACGGGCCUGUUGUCUGCCAAAGGCCGAGCACAGCAGAGCUGCCGCUCUUUGACUUUGCCAUCAGCGAGAUGUUUAACCUGCUGGGGGUGGAGAACGUUCUUCAGCUUUUCACCUGCGCCCUGCUUGAGAUGCAGAUCCUGCUCUACUCACAGCACUACCAGAGGCUGAUGACGGUAGCGGAGAGCAUCACAGCCUUAAUGUUCCCGUUCCAGUGGCAGCACGUCUACGUUCCCAUCCUCCCCGCCUCACUUCUCCACUUCCUGGAUGCACCUGUGCCGUACCUAAUGGGCCUGCACUCUAAUGGACAGGACGACCGCACAAAACUCGAGCUCCCGCAAGAGGCAAACUUAUGUUUUGUAGACAUCGAUAACCAUUUCAUUGAGCUGCCAGAGGAGUUGCCCCAGUUCCCCAACAAGCUCGAGUUUAUCCAGGAGAUCUCAGAGGUGCUCAUGUCCUUCGGUGUGCCUCCGGACGGAAACGUUGCCUCCAGCGACAACCAGGCCAAGUACAGAGGUUUCCGAUCGGUUGACAUGGUGUCUGACAAGCGCAAUGGAAACCUGGCUCCUCCAGUCAACUCCUUCCUAUUGAGGGAAAAUGAAACUAUCGCCAGACUGCAGGCUAUUGUCAAGAGGACGGGGCUGUCUGGCAUUGAGACGUUGGAAGUUCGGGAAGAUGCCAGCAGCAAUAAAGACAUUCGGUUCCAGUGUGAUGAAGAAGAGCUGAAAAUGCACCGCAUCAACAUCCAUGUACGCGAGGUGUUCGCGAACCGCUUCACGCAGAUGUUCGCCGACUAUGAGGUGUUUGUCAUCCAGCCUAGUCAAGACAAAGAGUCCUGGUUCACUAAUCGGGAUCAGAUGCAGAACUUUGACAAGGCAUCUUUCCUGUCUGACCAGCCCGAGCCCUACCUGCCUUUUCUGUCACGCUUUCUGGAAACACAGAUGUUUGCGUCCUUCAUUGACAGCAAGAUCCUCUGUCAUGAUGAUGAGGAGCGUGAGAAUUCAUUGAGAGUCUUUGACACCCGUGUGGAUAAGAUCCGCAUGUUAAACGUCCGCACCCCCACUCUGAGGACUUCCAUGUACCAGAAGUGCACAAACAUUGAAGACUCAGAGAAAGCCAUUGAGAUGAGGGUGGCCAAGAUUGACCACACAGCUCUGCACCCCCACCUGCUGGACAUGAAGAUCGGUCAGGGACGAUACGAGCAAGGUUUCUUCCCACGACUGCAGUCGGAUGUUCUGUCCACUGGACCCAUUAGCAAUAAAUGGACCAAAAGAAGCGCUCCUGCUCAGUGGAGGAAGCGGGAUCGGCAAAAGCAGCACACAGAGCACCUUUGUCUUGACAAUGACCAGAGAGAGCAUGUAGAUUGCAUGUUUCGGGAGCUGCAGCUCCUGCUCUUUCUAGACUACUACUGGUUCUCGCAGUCCUUCAGCCCCUGUUUAAAGUCGGUGACUGUGGAUGUGAAAUACAUCCAAGAAGCCAGAAACCUGGGCACAACCAUCAGACAGCCCAAACUGUCCAACCUGUCGCCAUCUGUUAUCGCUCAGACCAACUGGAAAUUUGUUGAAGGUCUGCUGAAGGAGUGCAGGAACAAGACGAAGCGUAUGCUCGUGGAGAAAAUGGGGCGAGAGGCGGUGGAGCUGGGUCACGGAGAGGUCAGCAUCACUGGUGUGGAGGAGAACACUCUGAUCGCUAGUUUGUGCGACCUGUUGGAGCGAAUCUGGAGUCAUGGGCUGCAAGUUAAACAGGGCAAAUCCGCCUUAUGGUCCCACUUGCUGCACUAUCAGGAGAGCAAAGAAAAGAAAAAUGCAACUCCUUCUGGUCUUGGUCCCCCAGGCUUUAUUCAUGAUCCUGAAAGACGAAAAUCUGACGGCGGUGGAUCGGCCAUGCCUCCUCUGAAAAUCUCCCUCAUACAGGACAUGAGACAUAUUCAGAAUAUAAGCGAAAUCAAGACGGAUGUGGGCAAGGCCAGGGCGUGGGUCCGCCUCUCCAUGGAGAAGAAGCUUCUCUCCAGACACCUGAAGCAGCUGUUGUCUGAUCUUGAGCUUACAAAGAAACUGUACAAGCGGUACGCCUUCCUGCGAUGUGACGAUGAGAAGGAGCAGUUCCUCUACCAUCUUUUGUCUUUCAACGCUGUGGAUUAUUUCUGCUUUACCAACGUUUUCACCACCAUUAUGAUCCCCUACCAUGUAGUGGUGGUUCCCAGUAAGAAGCUUGGUGGCUCCAUGUUCACAGCCAAUCCUUGGGUGUGUGUCUCGGGCGAGCUGGCAGAAACAGGGGUUCUGCAAGUCCCCAGGAAUACUCAGGAUAUCACUUUUGAGUGCCAGAACCUCGGAAAACUGACCACAGUCCAGAUGGGUCAUGACAACACCGGACUCUAUGCAAAGUGGUUGGUGGAGUGUGUUAUUGUCCGCAACGAGAUCACAGGUCACACAUACAGGUUUCCUUGCGGCCGGUGGUUGGGCAAAGGCGUUGACGACGGCAGCUUGGAGAGGAUCCUGGUCGGAGAGCUGAUGACGCCAAGUGCAGAGAACGAUGAGAGGAUGUGUCGAACGCCUCCGAUGCAGCAGUCCCCGGGAAUGAUGAGGCGCUUUGUGACCAUUUCGCCAAACAGCAAGCCAAAGUUAAAUACAGGUCAAAUCCAGGAGGGAGUGGGAGAAGCCAUCAAUGGAAUAGUGAAGCACUUUCACAAGCCUGAAAAGGAGAGAGGCAGUUUGACUCUCCUCCUCUGCGGGGAGUACGGCCUUGUCUGGGCUCUGGAGCAGGUUUUCCAGCACGGGUUCAAAUCCCCUCGCCUCUUCAAGAAUGUCUUCAUCUGGGACUUCUUGGAGAAGGCACAAGUGUACUUUGAAAGUGCGGAGCAGCGCGAGGUGGUGCCGGACGAAAACUGGCAAAGCCGAGUGAGACACUUCUGCCGCUUCAUGCGAGCCAUAAACAACACGUCAAGAAACAUUGGCAAGGAUGGAAAGUUUCAGAUGCUCAUCUGCCUCGGAGCAAGGGAUCAUUUGCUGCACCACUGGAUUGCUCUGCUCGCAGACUGUCCGAUCACGACUCAGAUGUACGAGGAAGCCGCGCUCAUGAAGGACCGCUCACUGGUGAACUCUCUGAUCAGAGUACUUCAGACUCUGCAGGAGUUCAACAUCACUCUGGAGGCGUCUCUUGUCAAAGGUGUUGGGAUCUGAACCAAAUGAAACAGAGGAAGAGGAAAUGCUCUCCAGACCAGGAAGGAAAGUGACACUUUGUAUGAGGAAGCAGGCAUUCAUCUGAGGAAUCUUUUGGCUUACAUUAAAGCUACUGUUACUUUGCCAUAUAUACUGUACAUGUAUAUAUAUAUAUAUAUAUAUAUAUAUAUAUAUAUAUAUAUAUAUAUAUAUAUAUAUAUAUAUAUAUAUAAAGUGCAAUGAGCCUUCAAGAUAUGUUACUAUUUUUAUUCUCAAAGAUGUUGCCAUUAGGUGUUUAAAUAUGAUUUAUUAUUAUUAUUAUUAUUACGACUGAUCCUAAAAGCCACAAAAAGUUGUGCUGACGUUUUAUUGAAAGCUUGAUAUUUUCUUUGUGACAGUGAACUGCUGACUGUGGUGAUACUCAAAGCAACACUGGGGAUCAAAACUGUUCAUAUAUUUUAUUAAAGAAAAUCAAUAUUAUUUUGUAAAUUCUGUUGCUCACUUGCUCUGUCGUCAACUCAGAAACCAGUGUCAUAUCGCAGAGCUUGAAGCAAAGGUGGUAUGCUUUAUAAGUAUGUGUACGAUCGGGGAGCUGAGGCAGAGGCUACGACACGUCUGCCUUCUCCUGGAAAAUAUUUUACAUGAAAUAGUUUCAUACUUCUCGUGAACAUGACUGUUUUUGCAUGAUUUUGAGAAUGAGAGAUUCUAGCUGGUUCCCGGUGAUCACACUCUAGUAUUCUUUUUGAAUAUAACAAGUUGUUUUUGCUCCAGCUCUUCAAGAGAAUAUGUGGCUCUGUCCUCUGAACAAAGCUGUUUGCAAUGACGGCCUUUAUGUAAAUAGCCCUAAUCCAACCCUCUUUCGACCAUCAUCAUGCUCCUUACACUAUAUGUGUACGAUACCGUAUCUGUUGCCUCCUCAUGCUUAACAGUGACCUCUCUCUCUCUAACCGCCACAUAAGAAGCAAAGGACUAUUUUCUCUAUUUUUUUGUUGUCAUGGUUUCUUGCUAUGCAAUACCCAAGUUAAACAUUUUAACCCUGCAAGUUUCAUCUAGUCUCUCAUUGAAUGAUCCAUUUGACUUAUCAAUGUGGAAAGAUUGACAUAUGAGCGACUUAUUUCUGUGCCAACAUCUGGAAUUUGUGUACAACUCCCACAUGAGAAUACUGGAGGAAAAAAAAUCUAUAUAUUUUUUUUCCAAUUCUGUUGUACAUUUGUUGACAUAGGUGUAUAAUGUAGUGUUUAUGAAGUGAAACAUGUACAGUGUAAAAAUAUCUGAAGAAUAAAGCGUCUGCAAUGUAUUAUGGUGAAUGU